AUGAUUCGAUUUCCACUUCCCUACCGCAUUGGCGAGGAUUUCGGGCCUGGGAAUGCCGAUGAGAAAAUUAGGUGCGAGGCAGGAACCUAUGCGUCGCUACAAGGAAAUUGCUUCGAUAUUCCGAUUCCACGAUUGUACGGCUUUGCUCUUUCAGAUGGUGAAACUCUUGAAAACUUACCGCCCUUAAUUCAAUGGAUUCAACGUUUUAAGCGUCGAUUCAUUUCAUGGCUAGGACAUCCAAUUCCGUCAAAAAACAUCCGCUCGCAGAGGAGAAGCGAUAACAUCAUUGGAACCGGCUAUUUACUGAUGGAAUAUAUUGAACCAAGCCGAGGAACUAUGCUUUCCAAUACAUGGAUGGAUAGUCAACAUGAUAUGCAACUACGGACCAACCUGUUUCGUGGUAGCCUCAGCCGAGUUCCGCUUCCUAGGAUUGGCUCCUUUAUUAUUGAUGAUCACAAAGGCUUUUUGGUCCUAGCGUAUCGGCUACUUUGCGUCGAAAUUCAGCUGCUAGAGAAUGGACGAAUGUUAACAGAUAUACACCGCGAUUAUACAUAUUCAACUGUCGACUCCUAUCUUACGGAUAUUCUAACAUUUCAUGUCCACCGUUUUCGCAACAUAUUCGUGGAUAAGGAUAGGAAUAUAACAUGCCUUGUCGAUUUGGAGUGGGCUUGCUCUAGGCUAAUUGAGAUGUUCAACCCUCCUCACUGGCUGACUCACAAGGGAGUGGACGAGUUGGUGUUAUCGGACUAUGAUGCAGUGCGAACAGAAUUUAUGGGCAUUAUGACAGCCGAGGAGAAGAGACAAGAUCCAACCGCAAUGGAAAGGGAUAACAGUAAGGAACUUCGACAAAUCCUCCCGGCUGUUAUGAAGAACAGUUGGGCAACUGGAACUUUCUGGUAUGCAUCGGCGCUCUCCAGCCCUUCUGGCCUCUUUGGGAUCUUUAAGGAGCAUAUCUGA